AUGGCAGACAUCACGCCCAUCUCCCCAGAAGAGCCCCGUGUGAAUAUCCAACUUCAUGAUCCGUUAGGGCCAGUGAGGGAAUUGGACUUGAAACAGAGGCAAGUGGUGGCCAAUCACCACGUCCACACAGAGCAUAAACUGUGCAAGCUCAUGACUCAUGCUGUACUCACCUGGACCAGAGAACCCCAGGCACUGGGAACUGUCUCCCCAGACCGUUUCUCUGGUCAAUUACGGAGGACCUCGACCCUGCAGCUCACGCUGGGACUGUUAUUUGUGGCUGGAACGGGUCUCCACAGCCCCGGGCCGGGGCACGCCCCUGGGGUGUGUGCACACCUCUCCCCGCUCGUCCCGGAGGCCCUGGCCUGGCUGGGUACCGCCUUGCCAUGCCCCGCGUCUUCCACAAGGGGGAGCCCCCGGAGGGCAGCGGAAUUUGGGAAGCGCUGA